GUGGCGCGUCUUCUUCCUUCGAAUCACGUCCUUCGACCAAAACCAUCUCCCUCCCUUCUUCCCUGUUGCUCGUCGACGCCUUUCCACGUGAGCUCUUUGAAUUUUGAUCUUGAUGUAGAUAUAGUCUAAAUUCACUUACAUACUGUAAAGAUCAAAACCCAAAGCUCUGUUUUUCUUUUCUCUCAAUCUCUUGAUGGCAGAUGUUAUUCGAUUAUCAUCAUCAUUGUUAAUUCAUUCGCCUCGUUUCUCUUCUCCCUCACUGCUCACCUCCUUUGCCCCCACCUCGAAUUCUCCUCCACCGUGUCUUUCAACCAACCGGAAUUUAGAUAACAUAAUUUAUCCUCUUUCCUAUUCUUCUUCUUCUAGUGGUCUUGGUCGCCUUGCUUUUACUACCAGAGGGCAAUCGCUCACUUUCAAGGUACAUGCAACUGUUGACAAAACUGAACAACCAAAAUGGUGGGAAAGGAAUGCAGGACCAAAUAUGUUUGAUAUUCAUUCUACACAAGAACUUUUGAAUGCCUUAAGUCAAGCAGGAGAUAGAUUAGUUAUUGUAGAAUUUUAUGGAACUUGGUGUGCUUCCUGCAGAGCGUUAUUUCCAAAGCUCUGCAAAACAGCCGAAGAACAUCCAGAAAUUAUAUUCCUCAAAGUAAAUUUUGAUGAGAACAAACCUAUGUGUAAAAGUUUGAAUGUUAAGGUGCUUCCUUAUUUCCACUUCUAUCGUGGAGCAGAUGGACAACUGGAGUCGUUUUCAUGUUCACUUGCUAAGUUUCAAAAAAUAAAAGAUGCCAUUGAAAUGCACAACACAGCUCGUUGCAGCAUUGGUCCACCCAAGGGAGUUGGAGAUCUUAAUCUUGAAUCUGUCUCUGCUCCAAUUGACAAGCCAACUGGAUCAACUUAAACAUGGGGCCUGUCAGCAAGCAAACUUCAAACAGCUCAGAAGCUCUCGAUUUUUCUCAGGCUGCUCACGCUGGAGCUCUUUUCUUGAUCAGCAGGUUGUCAGUAACUUUACGUGGGUACGACUGUUUGCACAUCCGUCAAACAUUUAUUUAUUUAGCUAAGAGUAAUGUAGUAAUACCCAGAACAAAACUCCAUUACUAGAUGAAAAGUAACAAUUUACAUGUACAUGUAAUAUCUCAAAGGUAUACAAGGCAUUUCGUGUUGGGAAAUUAA